AAACACCGAGAAUUCCAAAUUCUCUUACGUUGUUUGAAAAUUUCCCAGGAAGAGAUUUUGUAUCAUAGAAGACUUGGUGAUAUCCCAUGGAUUUCUGUGUGUGUGUAUGUAUGUAUUAUGUAUAUGUUUAUACACAUACACAUAUGCUUCUUCGUGAAGACAUUUUCAUUCAUUAAAAACAAUGUUUUGGCAGUUCGGCGGUCCCGCGGGUCUGUCUCUUGCUUCAACAGUGUUUGGACGGAACAGAUCCGGGGACUCUCUUCCAGCCUCCGACCGCCCUCCGAUUUCCUCUCCACUUGCAACCUCCGGGACCAUCUUCUCGGCCAUCUCCUGCUUCUGGGACCUGCCAGCACCGUUUUUGUGGUUAGCUCCUUCUUGCCAACCAACCAUGAGCUCCCAGAUUCGUCAGAAUUAUUCCACCGACGUGGAGGCAGCCGUCAACAGCCUGGUCAAUUUGUACCUGCAGGCCUCCUACACCUACCUCUCUCUGGGCUUCUAUUUCGACCGCGAUGAUGUGGCUCUGGAAGGCGUGAGCCACUUCUUCCGCGAAUUGGCCGAGGAGAAGCGCGAGGGCUACGAGCGUCUCCUGAAGAUGCAAAACCAGCGUGGCGGCCGCGCUCUCUUCCAGGACAUCAAGAAGCCAGCUGAAGAUGAGUGGGGUAAAACCCCAGACGCCAUGAAAGCUGCCAUGGCCCUGGAGAAAAAGCUGAACCAGGCCCUUUUGGAUCUUCAUGCCCUGGGUUCUGCCCACACGGACCCCCAUCUCUGUGACUUCCUGGAGACUCACUUCCUAGAUGAGGAAGUGAAGCUUAUCAAGAAGAUGGGUGACCACCUGACCAACCUCCACAGGCUGGGUGGCCCGGAGGCUGGGCUGGGCGAGUAUCUCUUCGAAAGGCUCACUCUCAAGCACGACUAAGCCUUCUGAGCCCAGCGACUUCUGAAGGGCCCCUUGCAAAGUAAUAGGGCUUCUGCCUAAGCCUCUCCCUCCAGCCAAUAGGCAGCUUUCUUAACUAUCCUAACAAGCCUUGGACCAAAUGGAAAUAAA